AUGGACAAAAGGAAGACUAGAUCACAUAAGAACGUAGAAGAAGAACAGGAAGUGACAGACAGAACCAAAGAACAAAUUAAAGAGACUGAAGAAGUACAGGAGACGAUGGAGGAGAAAAGACAGCCAGAAGAAGCACAAAUGGAAAGGCAAAUGGCAAGUGGAGACCAAGCUCAGCCCAUAAAGAAGGAUGAAUCGGACUUUCACAAGAUGAUGGCAAUUUUGUUACAGGAAAUAAAAAAAAUUGAGCAAAAUAUAAACCAGAAAGCAGAAGAAAAUAAACAAGAUAUGACUCAGAAGUUGACAAAAGAACUUGAAGAUACAAAAAAAGAAAUAAAACGGGAAAUAACAAAAAGUUUUGACGACAAAAUACAACAGAUCGCACAACAGGUUGAGGAUAAGUUGGGAAAGAAGAUAGAAGAUGUAAAAGAAGAGUUAACCCUAGAAAUGGCCAAGAGGGAAGAGCAGUGCAAAGAACAAAUGGAAGUGUUAUCGGCACAGCUGGAAAAGAAUAAUGAAACUCAAAAUAAAAAGAUUGAAUUAAUGGAACAAAAUUUAAAGCUCGAACAACAAAAUAACCAAAAAAAGUUCGAAGAUGUUGACGAACAAAUGGGAGUGUUGGCAGUACAGCUGGAACAUCAUAUUGAGCAGAAGGAAGAGAUAUUUCGACGAGACAUUAAUGCACAGUGGAAGAAAAAAGAAGAUGAAAUAGAUGAAAAUAUGAAAAAGACCAAAGAGAUAAUGGAGAAAGAAAUUGGGAGAAUACAAGAGUCUCUUAAAGAAGUGACACAGAAGGAAUUGGAUGCAAGGCCGGUUGUACAAACGGUCGAAAGAGAUUGUAAAAUCUAUUUUAGUGGAAGAAUAAAACAGCAGCAUCCAGUACCUUUCAUGAAAUUCCUUAGGCACAGAUAUGCAUCUUACAGAAAUUUCGAAGACUUUAAAGAAUUCAUCAGAAACCAGAUGACGGAUGAGGCGUUACUAUGGUUUUCGAACAAAAAAAAUGAGUUGGUGGAUCUGGAAGACUUUGCGACCAAAUUCAGUGAAUAUUUCUGGGGUCAAGCACAACAGCGUUUAAUCAAAAACGAGCUGUUAAGUGGCAAAUACAACCCAAAUCGUAGCAUGUCAUACCACCGUUACGCCAUGCAAAUUUACAGCACAGCUCAAUACUUAGACUGUGGUUUUAACGAAGAAUACAUUGUGGGUUGUAUCGUGCAACACUUUGAUCGGACAUUGGAAGAUAUCAUGAUGUUAUACAACUUUAAAGAAAUAGACAAACUGUGCCAAUUUUUGAUGAUGCAUGAGCAACGAAAUCCCAUGUAUCAAAACAAUGACCAAGCAAAUAAUAAUAAUAAUAACAACUUCAAUGGGAACAAUAACUACAGCAGAAACAAUAAUCAGAACGGCAAUAAUUUCAAUAAUCAUCGUAAUUUUAACAAUAACUAUAGACAAAAUAAUGGUAACAACAACUAUAAUAACUCGAACUUUAGGAAUAAUAAUAAUAACUACCGCAACCAAAAUAAUCAGAACUUUAAUCGCCAAAACUAUAAUCGUAACAAUCAAACUAACAACAAUAACUAUGGAAAUAAUGGACGAUAUCAAAACGGUAAUUACAAUAAUGAAAACAACGGAAAUUUUAACAGAAAUAAUUACAAUAAUAACAACAGAAACUUUAACUCCAAUGGCAAUAUGAAUCACACAUUUUCAAAUAGUGCCAUUCAACAGAAUCAAACAAACAAUUCACAACAACAGUCAAAUCAAAACUACACAAACAAUCGAAACCAUAACACUAGAAGUCUAGAAGAUAUAAAUAGAAAUAACCAAAAAAGACAAGUGAAUUUUCUAAGUCACCAUCAAUCAUACACCGACGUCAGUCAACAAGAGUCACCAAUUGAAACACUCAACACAUCAUCACCAUCACAACCCUUUGACACACAAUACACAACAGAUUCACAAUCACCAAAUUUUCAAUAA